AUGAAUUCAUCCCCUGAUUCAAAACGAAAAUCUAAAAAACGAAAAGUUCUUACUGAUCAGCUUUUCAAUCGACUUCAUUUGAUCAAUGUAUUUGAUGAUGAUUUUCCUUCAAAUUCAUCAUUAUCAAUAGUCGAUUCCUAUUCACCUUGCGUACGUGGGUCUUGUACACUUGCAUGGCAUUUACCAGCCGAUCCUCUUAAUAUUCAAUAUUAUCGUAGGUGUCUUGUAAUUCCUGGUGAAAUUCCUUAUUUCAUUCCAUCACCACGUACUCCGUAUUUACCACCUGAACAAUCUGACUCUUUUGUUCGACAACCUCGAUUUACUUCUCUCCUACCUCUUCUGCUUACUGCUCAACGUACUGGCAUUGAUGUUCGACAAUAUAAUAUUAUUAGUGAAAGAAAUUCAUUAAGAAAAAUUGCGAUGAAUAAUGAAGUCUAUACAAUCGGUGUGAUAAAAUUUGGUUCAAGUAUAUUUUUAAGACGUUAUGAUACUUAUCAAACAAUCAAUAGAAAUGAUAUUGGAUAUCGAUUUGAACAAAUGUGUACUACUGGUAAUUAUCUUGAUGGUAAUUAUAUUCAAUUAAUUGAAGGACACAUUGGUACAUUAAAAACAUUGAUGACAGGAGAAACUGAUGCAGUUGAGAGACGCACUGGAAGAUCAAUUGAAUUAAAAUGUCAUCGAAAACCUGAUAAUCAAGAUAUACAAGAUUGGUGGUUACAAGCUUUUCUUAGUGGUGUAACAAAAGUUAUUCAUGGUUGUCGUGCAUUAGAUGAUCCCGAACGCUUGAUAAAUAUGGUUGAAUAUCCUGUCUCAGAAAUGAGUCAUGAACAAUAUAAAAAUCGAAUAUUAGAAUUUCUCUAUCAAGUUCUUCAAUUUCUUUCAUCGAAUGUUAUUGAAGGUCGAAAUUAUUUAUUAUCUCGUCGGAUAGAUCCAACAACAAGAAAACAUCGAUUAUAUUUAUAUGAGGUGACAAAUAAAACAGAUAAAGAAAAAUUAACAUUUCUUACAGAAGAAUUACUUAAUCGAUUACUUGUUACUACUAGAUAA